CAAGGUUCCUGACUGCGAGCGCUGCGCCGACGAGUUAACCUCCCCAUGGUCAGGGCGGAUCCUCCUCACACUCACACGGCGGAGCUCAGAGUACUCCUCAGGGAUCGCUAAAGUAUAUUUAGCAAACACCACCAUCGCCGUAUCGCCCUUUACUUUUUGUUUCGUUUGCUCACACACAGGGGAAACUUUUGAAAAUGCUCCAAUCGUUCCGUUGCGGGUGACACUUUUGCUCAUAAAAGUCUUGGAAUGUCCCACCAUUCGUCCGGGAGCAGCAGUAGGCUGACCAUGCAGAAUCCUCGGAAGGAGCACCUGUACAAGGUGCUGGUCAUCGGGGACCUCGGGGUUGGGAAGACGGCCGUUAUCAGGCGCUAUGUGCACCAGACGUACUCCGCAAACUAUCGCGCAACUAUUGGAGUGGAUUUUGCACUGAAGGUGUUGAACUGGGACUCUGAGACCAUCCGUCUCCAACUCUGGGACAUCGCAGGACAGGAGCGGUUUGGCAACAUGACGCGCGUGUACUACCGUGAGGCCAUGGGGGCCUUCAUCGUGUUCGACGCCACCAGGCCCACCACCUUCGAGGCGGUCACCAAGUGGAAAGAGGACCUGGACUCCAAGCUCAUGCUGGCAAACGGCCGGAGCAUCGCCACCGUGCUGCUGGCCAACAAGUGCGACCAGGGUAGGGACGAGUUCAUCAACAACAACGGCGUCAAGAUGGACCAGUUCUGCAAAGACCACGGCUUCGUCGGUUGGUUUGAGACGUCCGCUAAGGACAACACCAACAUCAACGAGGCGGCCAACUUCCUGGUGAAGCACAUCAUGGCCACAGAGCACGACAUCCUCAAGUCGGUAGUGCCGGACACCAUCUCCCCCCAGCUCAGCUCCCAGAGCGAGAGUCUCUGCUCUGGCUGCUUCAAACCCUAAAGAGAGUGAGAGAGAGAGAGAGAGAGAGAGAGAGAGAGAGAGAGAGAGAGAGAGAGAGAGAGAGAGAGAGAGAGAGAGAGAGAGAGAGAGAGAGAGAGAGAGAGAGAGAGAGAGAGAGAGAGAGAGAGAGAGAGAGAGAGAGAGAGAGAGAGAGAGAGAGAGAGAGAGAGACAGAGAGAGAGAGACAGAGACAGAGACAGAGACAGAGACAGAGACAGAGACAGAGACAGAGACAGAGAGACAGAGAGACAGAGAGACAGAGAGACAGAGAGACAGAGAGACAGAGAGACGGAGAGGGAGAGAUUGAUUCACCGUAUUUCAUCGUGGGUGAAAUGCACUGGAACAAUGGAAAAUAUUGGAGAGGCAUUUCCCUAUUAUUUUCCCGCAUGCACAACCGUCUGAGUGGUGUUUGCUUCCAUCGUGUCGUCCACCCCCUGCUUGGCUCCUUCUGUGUCUUUAUUGGGAGACAGGCAAAAGUACACACUGUCCUUCCAGAACGUUUUUCGGUUUCUUGAACACACAUUCAAUGGACUAGUCCAACGUCUACAAAUGUCCACCUGUGUUUAUGUUUGCACAUGAUAAUGUUUUUUAUGGAUGCAUUUAUCCUCUGAAAUAUUUAUGUUUAAAAUGUUAUAUAUUUGAAAUAGUUCCAAGUGUUGUUGAUAAGAGAUAUUUAAACGUGGACUUAAAUUUAACCAGCUGGUUCAAGAUGUGACUUUGUGUAAACAGAAAAUGAUGGCUGCUUCCAACAAACUUAAUGUACAGUCUGACCACAGUCCCCGGUGGUCUGAUAUCUAUGUUGACCCAGGGUGCAUUGUUAUUAUUCUUCACUAAGUAUUGUAUUUAGAAGGAAAAUAUCAUCAAGGAGAUAAAACCUCAUAAGACAGUUUCCUCGUGGACUCAAUAAAGAUGAUCACAUUGUAGAACCGCCGAUCAUCAGCAGAGAGAAAUUACGUCAGUAUUUGAAAGGAUUCAGAUCAUAUCUCCAUGAAUGCCCGCUAUUUCACCUCUUGAGUUUCCAAGUUAGGCUCCCUGUAGUAAUAAGAUAACAAGAAGGCUUUACUGUUUAUUUAUUUUUUAUUAACCCCGCCAUAUUUUAUUUAAAGUUAAAACAAAAUGUAUGUUUACUGUUUGCUUGUGGAUUAAAUGGUUUUAUGCUCCUAA